AUGAAAUCCUGCAGCCUGAUCCUCUUCCUCUUCGUCUUCCUCCUCGCCGGGCUGUGUUCCAAGGCAGCCCCCUCGUCCCCUUCGCCUUCAGGCUCCGACUUUCCGGGGAUGGGCCACCCCUCCGAGACCUCCUCUCCUGCUUCUGAAAAUUCCACUAGAGAUCGGCCUAACCCAGAAUUCCCUGGGACUGUUUAUCCUGAGCCCUCCAAGACACCUCACCUAGUUUCCCCCGAGACUUCCUCCCUUCUUGACUUCACUGGGACCCCCAACCCUGACCUCCCAGAAACCUCACACCCAGAGUCUCCUGAGACUCUCAAGGCUGACCCACUCUCAACCUCAAUAUCAGAAUGCCUGGACACUCCCAAAAUUACCCCCUCCCAAAUGACAUACCCAGAGCCUUCUGAGACCCCCAAACCUAGCCCAACUGAAAUUCCACACCCAGGAUCCCCUGAGACCCCCAAAGCUAACCCCUCCAAAACUUCACGCCCAGAAUUUCCUGAGGCCCCAAACACUUACCCUAUGCAAACCACACACCAAGAACCCCCAAAGAUUCCCAAAGUUAACGCCACUGAAAUCUCACAGGCAGGAAUCCCUGAGACCCUAAAUCCUGACCUCACCAAGACUUUUGAUCCCAAAUCUCCAGAAGCCCAUAACCUUGACACCACUGAGCUCCCAAACUCUGAAUUUCCCCAGACCCUCUAUCCUGACCCUACUGAAACCCCCCACCCAGAAUCCCAUGUGACCCACAACCCCAUCCCCACUGAAAUUUCCCAAACCAAAUUCCCCACAGCCCACUACCAAGAUGAAACAGAUGUCGCCAUGACCUCUGACCCUGAAAUCUCUACUAGUCUUUAUCCAGAAACACCUGCACCCUUCAUGGAUGAAGCUACUGCCCUGAAUCCCAAACCAGAAACCCUUGCAGUCACCCAGCCCGACUCCCCUAAAUUUCUCACCUCAGAUUCUCCGGGGACUGUUGAGCUGAAGGCCCCCCAGAACUCUGACCCUAAGGGGCCCGAUGCCCCUCCUCCCUCAGCCCGGAUUGCAGGCCCCCCUGCUCUUCCAGGGUCCCCCAAUCAGCUGGCCCCUGCCACCCUGCGGGCCCCCCAGCGGCGCAGCGGAGGUGAGAGAGUGAACACUAUCAUCGUGGUGGAACGAGUGAAGGAGACUGGCGUGACUCUGGUGGGGCGCCCCCGCGGCGCGGCAGGCGGGGCCCUGUGCCUGUUCUUCGCGGGGACUGGGCUGCUGCUCGGCAUUUUCCUGCUGCUGUGGUGUCUCUACCGCCGGGCAGCGCGACACCGGCCCUUCGCACACCACCGGCUCCCGGACGAUGGAGAUGAGCCGGUUAUGCAUUUGGACACCCCCAAGGACCCCUACGACCUCUACUUCUAUGCGCCGGAUGCCUGGGUCCCUUCGCACAUCGCCACCAAGCAGCCGCCGCCCACACCCCCGCUGCCACCCAAGCUGCCCCCACCGCCCGGUGGGGGCCGCCCCCAGCGCCUGGAGGCGCUGUCCCCCGCCACGCUCCCCAACAAUUUCGUGUGA